AUGGCCUCAAACGACGCUCUCUACAUCCCCACAGAAAAUUUGGAGAUGCUUACCGAUCUUGUGGAGCUGCACCAGAUCCAUAGCAUCCCUGUGGAGAGCAUUCCUUUGGAGAGCAUCCCUGUGGAGAGCAUUCCUUACGAGAUUAUCAGCGGCAGUUGGUUCCACGGUGGCCACCACCAUCCGCCUCUGAUUGCACUGCAGCCGCUUGUUACCAACAACCCGAACCAAGGGGAUCAUGACCAGGAACUAAUCAUGGUGCAGACACAGGAGGAAGUGGUGGGCUACUACGAGUCAGAAAACCUGCAGGCCACCAACAAUUUCGAGGACCAGAUGGUCUUCCCGGUUGAUGAAGACGACGGCUUCCAGCAGACCCUGGCUGGCUUGUCAGCUUCCGCAACGUCAUCAACCUACAGCCGCAGCAAAAAGCGCGGCGGCCAACACAGGAAGGCCAGCAGUAAGAAAAAUCACACCGCCGGUGAGAACCAGGCUGCAAGCAGCAGCUCCGAGAUGGACUGCAAGAAAUGGGAGCAGAAGCAGGUGCAGAUCAAAACCCUGGAGGGCGAGUUCUCCGUUACCCUGUGGUCCCCAAGCGAGAAAAGAGACCACGAGACCGGACAGAUUGAGGACUCCACUCCUGAUUAUUCAGAGUACAUGACCGGAAAGAAGCUUCCUCCCGAAGGAAUACCUGGUAUUGAUCUCUCAGAUCCUAAACAACUGGCAGAAUUUACUAGAAUGAAGCCAAAACCCAAAGAAGCUGCUCUAAGAACAAUAGCUUGCCCUCAUAAAGGCUGUGUGAAGAUGUUCAAAGAUAAUUCUGCUAUGCGGAAACAUCUGCACACCCACGGUCCUAGAGUCCACGUAUGUGCAGAAUGUGGCAAAGCUUUUGUCGAGAGCUCGAAACUAAAACGACAUCAGCUGGUGCAUACUGGAGAGAAGCCCUUUCAGUGCACAUUUGAAGGCUGCGGAAAAUGCUUUUCCCUCGACUUCAAUUUGCGUACACAUGUGCGAAUCCAUACCGGAGACAGGCCCUACAUUUGCCCCUUUGAUGCCUGCAAUAAGAAGUUCGCUCAGUCAACCAACCUGAAGUCUCAUAUCUUAACACAUGCAAAGAACAAAAACAGCCAGUAA